GCCGCCCUGGGAGCCCCGCGCCGCCGCCAUGUCUUCCGGGGCCAGCGUGAGCGCCCUGCAGCGCCUGGUGGAGCAGCUCAAGCUGGAGGCCGGCGUGGAGCGGAUCAAGGUCUCUCAGGCAGCAGCAGAGCUUCAACAGUACUGCAUGCAGAAUGCCUGCAAGGAUGCCCUGCUGGUCGGUGUUCCAGCCGGAAGCAACCCCUUCCGGGAGCCUAGAUCCUGUGCUUUAUUCUGAAAACUGUAGGGAAGAAGUUCGCUGAGGAAUGCCUUUAAGCACAAAGUGAUGAAUGACUGCCUCCAAGUCUCAAGAAAACACUUUUCUCUAGCCAAAUGACUAGAUAUUUCAGACCUUCCCUGUGGCCUGGUCCUAUAGCCAAAAUUCUACAGAAAUUGAUGAGUUUUUACACUCACAUAAGGAAACUUGGUGAAGGAGUAGAGUUUUAAAUAAUAAUGGCCUAGUUCUCUUGGUGAAGUACUUUUAUCUUAGGACAAACAAAGACCUUACUACCAAAUGUACCAAAAUACAUUUCUUUCAUAAGUGAGUUACUGGUGUUUCUAUACCUGGAAUAUCAUGUAUGUUUUAUUUACUGCAUGUUUACAUUUUAGGAAGGAAAACAUUUUGUUUAUUAAAAAAAGUGAAUAUUUGUAAUUUGUUGUUCCUAAGUUUUUUAUAGCAACAAAAUUUGUUCUUUUCUCAUGAAUAUACAAUUACUAAAUGAAGACAAGAAAGUAUAAAAUUGGGAGGGAAAUAGGCUUUACUAAUCAAACCAUAUUUUGAUUUUUUCUAAAUGAGAAGAUUGUUUCAUUUUUAACACUAAACAUGGGAGAUGAUUCUUAGCAAACUUGUUUGGUAAGAUUAACAUUAUGUUGUGUAUUUGGUUGCUCUAUCUUAUGUAUGAAGCAGAUUUGAUCUUUGUCUUAAGUUCUUUUACUUUAUAGCUGUGGUUGUACUUUAAAAAAAUACUAGAUUAUUUCACACCCUUAAGAAAGGUUUAAAAUGUGACCUAUAUACAGAACAUUGCAAAUGGUUAAAAACAAAGUAAUGUGUGAAAAUGUUACAACCUAAAGAAUUCUUCAUGUCACAAGUGUUUUACUUUGAUGAUGUGCCUUUGAUUUAAUUUGGGACACUUUUAGAAAGAUAUUUUGUGUUUGUAAUAAUCUUUGAAGAGCUUGGAAAUAAAAUUUCUGCUUAAUUCAUCAUUUUCUAUGAAGGCAACAUUUUGUGUCUGAUUUUGUUUUAAGGCUUCAUGGAUUUCUGUUUGCUUGUGAGAUUG